AUGCUGUUUUCUAGAAGAGGAAAUAAGGGAGCCACGCAUCUGCUGCUCUCGCUUCUGCUGCUCGCGUCCUGGGAAGAAGGGAGCGGCCAGGUCCGCUACUCGGUCCCCGAGGAGGCCAAACACGGUACGUUCGUGGGCCGGAUCGCCCAGGACCUGGGGCUGGAGCUGGCGGAGCUGGUGCCGCGCCUGUUCCGGGUGGCGUCCAAGGACCACGGGGACCUGCUGGAGGUGAAUCUGCAGAAUGGCAUUUUGUUUGUGAAUUCUCGGAUCGACCGCGAGGCGCUGUGCGGGCGGAGGUUGGAGUGCAGCCUCCACCUGGAGGUGGUCAUGGAUCGGCCGCUGCAGGUUUUCCAUGUGGAGGUGGAGGUGAAGGACAUUAAUGACAAUGCACCGGUUUUCAAAGAGAGAGAACAAAGGAUAUUUAUUUCUGAAUCUAGAUUUCUCGGUUCGCGGUUCCCGGUAGAGGGCGCUGCUGAUGCAGACAUUGGUACCAAUGCCCUUAUAACAUACAGUCUGAACCCCAACGAUUACUUUUCAUUGGAUAUUCAGACAACCGAUGAAUUGAGCAAGUCACUUUCGCUUGAAUUGAGAAAACCUUUAGAUAGAGAAGAAAUGCCAGAGCUUCAUUUAUUACUGACAGCAAGGGACGGGGGCAAGCCUGAGCUGGAAGGUUCAGUUCAGCUGCUGAUCACAGUACUGGAUGUAAAUGAUAACGCUCCGUUGUUUACCCAGGACGUGUACAGGGUCCACUUAUUAGAGACUACAGCAAAUGGAACGUUAGUGAUCACAGUCAAUGCCUCUGAUGCUGACGAAGGUCAAAAUGGAGAGAUUUUAUUUUCUUUUGGUGGUGAUGUUUCUCUGGAUAUUACAAAAAAAUUCAAAAUUGACUCUAUUUCAGGAAAAAUUACGCUUAUUGGUAUAUUGGACUAUGAGGAAACGGAAUUUUACGAAAUUCGGGUUAAAGCAGUUGAUAAAGGAAGUCCUCCGAUGGCCGAUCAUUGCAAGAUUUUGGUGAAAGUGCUGGAUGUAAACGACAAUGCACCAGAAAUGGCGAUCACAUCUCUUUCUUUGCCCAUCAGAGAAGACUCUCCACUAGGCACUGUCAUCGCCCUGAUUAGAGUGUCAGAUCUCGACUCUGGAGCCAAUGGACAAGUCACCUGCUCACUAAAUCCAAAUAUGCCCUUCAAGCUGGUGUCCACCUACAAGAACCACUAUUCCCUGGUGCUGGACAGCGCCCUGGACCGCGAGAACGUGUCGAGCUACCAGGUGGUGGUGACGGCGAGGGACGGGGGCUCGCCCGCGCUGUGGGCCACGGCCAGCGUGUCGGUGGAGGUGUCGGACGUGAACGACCACGCGCCCGCGUUCGCGCAGCCCGAGUACACGGUGUUCGUGAAGGAGAACAACGCGCCGGGCUGCCACAUCUUCACGGUGUCGGCGCGCGACGCGGACGCGCAGGAGAACGCGCGCGUGUCGUACGCGCUGGUGGAGCGGCGCGUGGGCGAGCGCGCGCUGUCGAGCUACGUGUCGGUGCACGCGGAGAGCGGCCAGGUGUUCGCGCUGCAGCCCCUGGACCACGAGGAGCUGGAGCUGCUGCGCUUCCAGGUGAGCGCGCGCGACGCGGGCGUGCCUCCGCUGGGCAGCAACGUGACGCUGCAGGUGUUCGUGCUGGACGAGAACGACAACGCGCCCGCGCUGCUGCCGGCGGGCGCGGGCGCGCUGGGGGGCGCGCGCGGCGAGCUGGUGUCGCGCUCGGUGGGCGCGGGCCACGUGGUGGCGAAGGUGCGCGCCGUGGACGCGGACUCGGGCUACAACGCGUGGCUGUCGUACGAGCUGGCGCCGGGGGCGGGCGGCGCGCGCAGCCCGUUCCGCGUGGGGCUGUACACGGGCGAGAUCAGCACGACGCGCGGCCUGGACGAGGCGGACGCGGCCCGCCAGCGCCUGCUGGUGCUGGUGAAGGACCACGGCGAGCCGGCGCUCACGGCCACGGCCACGGUGCUGCUGUCGCUGGUGGAGAGCGGCCAGGCGCCCCAGGCGGCGCCGUCGCGCGUGGCCGUGGCGGGCGCGGCGGCGGCGGCGCUGGUGGACGUGAACGUGUACCUGAUCGUGGCCAUCUGCGCCGUGUCCAGCCUGCUGGUGCUCACGCUGCUGCUGUACAGUGCGCUGCGCUGCUGGGCGCCUGGCCGCGGUGCGGCGAGCGCGGAGGCCAAGCCCCCCGUGGUGUGCGCCAGCGCGGUGGGGAGCUGGUCGUCGUCGCAGCAGAGGCGGCAGAGGUGUGCUCGGGGGAGGGUCCCCCCAAGGCGGACCUCAUGGCCUUCAGUCCCUGUCUGCCUCAGGGUCCAGCCCCCUUAG